AUGUCGCUCUCUGAAGAGCAGCGCACUUCUUUCACAAAAGUGAUUGAUUCGAUCCUUGCUGCAAGCGACAUCAAUACCAUCUCCUCCAAGCGAAUCCGACAGGGACUCCAAGCCACCGUCAACUAUGACCUCAAUGACUACAAGGCACCUGUGAAGGACCUCAUAAUGGAGCGAUUUGACCUGUUCAUGAACAAAAAAGACGAACCAUCGACCCCCUCGGAAGACGUUGUCCCCUCGACCGAGAUCGCUAACGGUCAUGGGCAUGCCUCACAUACACAAGGAAAACACAUUACACCUCCACCAUCAUCUUCAUCGCCGCAAAGAAAACGCGAAGCAGAAAGUAUGGCCUCAGAUGGAACUGAGUCAAAGAAGCGACGGCCUGAUCACGACGUCGAUGCGGAUGCGGAGUUCGCCGCGAAAUUACAGGCGGAGGAGAACAAACGUGCUCGGCCAACACGAGGUAGUACUACACGCAAGACUGCGCCGUCUAAGAAGAAGUCGAAAUCCAAGACAUCAAAGAAAGUGAAGGCAGAAGAUGACUCGGAUUUGGAGUCUACUUCAGAGGCUAAGAAAGAAGUCAAUCGUUCUGGUGGAUUUCAUAAACCCCUCAAUCUAUCGCCUGCUCUCUCGGAACUUUUAGAUGGUGAAGUUGCACUGUCGCGCCCACAAACGGUGAAAAGAGUCUGGGAGUAUAUCAAAGCCAACGAUCUUCAAGACCCAUCAGACCGCCGGCAAAUCCGAUGCGAUGAUCGAAUGCGAUUGGUCUUUAAGCAAGAUCGCGUUCAUAUGUUUACCAUGACCAAGAUACUCAAUCUGAAUCUCUACGAUCCUGGAGAGUAG